UGCGCGGAGCUCCAGAGGAAACUUUCCCCGUGCUCCGCUCACCGGCUGGGGGGGUUUUAAUUCCUCCGCCGCGCUGAUCCAGCAACAGGUGCCGUCAGCAUGUCCCUGUCGGAGCAGUGGAGCCCCGCCAGCGUGCAGGUGACGGUGCUGCAGGCCCGAGGCCUCCGCGUCAAGGGCAAGAGCGGCACCAACGAUGCGUACGCGGUCAUGCAAGUGGCCAAGGAGAAGUACCAGACGUCGGUGGCGGAGAAGAGCGUGGCCCCGGUGUGGCAGGAGGAGGCCGCCUUCGACCUGCCGACGCCUGGAGGAGGAGGUGGGGGACCGGAGCGCACCACGCUGCACGUCCACGUCCUGCACCGGGCCCUGGUGGGUCCGGACAAGCUGCUGGGCCAGGCGGUCAUCAACCUGCUGCAGCUCAGCCAGGACAGGAGCCGCUCCAAGACCGAGUGGUUUAAGUUGCUGGACAAAACUGGGAAGCCCGACAAAGACAGAGGCGAAGUUCUUCUGGACAUUCAGUUCAUGAGAAACAACAUGACGUCCAGCAUGUUUGACCUCUCCGCUGCGGGGAAGUCGCGCUCUCGCCUGGGCAAGCUCAAGGAUAAAGUCCGCGGCAAGAAAAAGGAAUCGGAUUCUGCGUCUGGUGUGGCGCCGUCCUUCUCUCAGGUUCUCACAGACAGUGAGGACGAGGCCAACGGGGAUGGAAGAAAUAAGAAGCAUAAGAUGAAGUCUUUGUUUUCUACGAAGUCCAAUCUGCAGAAGACCAUGUCUCAGUCCAUGUCCAUUCUACCUGCACAGAAUUCCUCUCUGAGUGGCAGCCAGUCAUCUGGUCUGAACGUCGACUCUUCUCAGGGUAAGAAGAAGUUUAAGUUCAAGAUACACAAACGGUCGGGUAGCUCCGACCUCAAAGAUUCAUCGUCCGGCCAAAAGCAGGCGCCUGUGGAGCAGACUAACUUGUGUAUCAACGGCAGUCACAUUUACUGCGAAGAGCCGCCGGCCCGGACCUCGCGCAUCGGCUCCAACUUCAGCCUGACCAGUUCAGGACUCGGAUCGAUGGAAUACGUCCCGGAAAACUCCCCUCCAUCUGUGGAUUCCCUGAGAGGAGGGAGGCAGUGCUCACCCUGGACAGAGGAGGAAGAGGAAGAGGCAGCUGAAGAAGAAAAGGAAGGAGAUGUAGAUAAAUCAAGAGGGGAGGAAGAGGAGAAGUCUAGGAUGGAGGAGGUGAGGAGGAAAAGCGAGGAAGAAGAGGAGGGUAGGAAACAACAAGAGCAGCUGGAGAAGUUAGAGGUGGAAAUGAUGAGACAAGAGCGAGAAAAGAGAAGGAUUGAAGCAGAGGAAUAUCAAAGGGAAGAGGAGGAAAAGGCUAGAAGAGAGGAAGAGGUGAGGGCCAGGAGAGAACAAGAAACAUUUCAGAGGAAGCAAGAGGAAGAAAGAAUAAGGAUUGAAACACAGGAGAGAAUGCGAAAGGAGGAAGAGGAAAGAAUCCGGCUGGAGGAGGAGAGGAAAAGGAUUGAGGAGGAGAGAAUUAGAAGAGAGGAACAAAGGAAAAGGAUUGAGGAAGAGGAGAACAUUAAACGAGAGGAAGAGAGGAAAAGGGUUGAGGAGGAGAGAAUCAGAAGGGAUGAAGACGAGAGGAAAAGGAUUGAGGAGGACAGGAUAAGGCUAGAGGAAGAGAAGAAAAGGAUUGAAGCAGAAGAAAAGAUCAGACUGGAGGAAGAGAGGAAAAGGAUUGAGGAAGAAGAAAGGAUCAGACUGGAGGAAGAGAGGAUCAGACUGGAAGAAGAGAGGAAAAGGGUUGAGGAAGAAGAAAAGAUCAGGCUAGAGGAGAAGAAAAGGAUUGAGGAAGAAGAAAAGAUCAGACUGGAGGAAGAGAGGAGAAGGAUUGAAGCAGAAGAAAAGAUCCAACUAGAGAAAGAGAGGAAAAGGCUUGAGGAAGAAGAAAGGAUCAGACUGGAGGAAGAGAGGAAAAGGAUUGAGGAAGAAGAAAAGAUCAGACUGGAAGAAGAGAGGAAAAGGGUUGAGGAAGAGGAAAGGAUCAGACUGGAGGAAGAGAGGAAAAGGAUUGAGGAAAAAGAGAGGAUCAGACUGGAGGAAGAGAGGAAAAGGAUUGAGGAAGAAGAAAGGAUCAGGCUAGAGGAGAAGAAAAGGAUUGAGGAAGAGAGGAUCAGACUGGAGGAAGAGAGGAAAAGGGUUGAGGAAAAAGAAAGGAUCAGACUGGAGGAAGAGAGGAAAAGGAUUGAGGAAGAAGAAAAGAUCAGGCUAGAGGAGAAAAGGAUUGAGGAAGAAGAAAAGAUCCAACUAGAGAAAGAGAGGAAAAGGCUUGAGGAAGAAGAAAAUAUCAGACUGGAGGAAGAGAGGAUCAGACUGGAGGAAGAGAGGAAAAGGGUUGAGGAAGAAGAAAAGAUCAGGCUAGAGGAGAAGAAAAGGAUUGAGGAAGAAGAAAAGAUCAGACUGGAGGAAGAGAGGAAAAGGAUUGAAGCAGAAGAAAAGAUCCAACUAGAGAAAGAGAGGAAAAGGAUUGAGGAGCAACAACAGCUCAGAGAGCAGGAGGAGAAGAGGAAGAAACAAGAGGAAGAAGAAACAAGAAAGGAAAUGGAGAGACAAAAAGAAACGAGCAGCGUAAAGGAAGAGAAAGUUAGAAAGGAAAAGGGGGCGAGAGCUGAAAGGGAGAAAAAUGUGGAAACAAAAAGGCCGGAGAAGUGUUUGGCAAAAGAGGCAGAAGAAAAGGAGAGAAAGGAUCAGAAUGAAAAAAUUGGACUAAGGGUUUCAGGGAGGAGAACAAAACUGAGCGUCCCUGCAGAAAUCAUCUCUACUAAUCCAUUUGAUGAAAACUUUUCUUCUAAUCCUUUCGAGGAACCCUCUCGCUCUGAUUCUGGACCUCAGAGCAGCACAGUCGGAGAGGCAGCUUCUCAACAAAGGUGUCAGUCUGGCGUGCCGUCAAAAGCAAACGACACUGCUCCCUCUGAAGAAAAGAACCUGAUUGGUACUCAGCGGGAGAAGCGGCUGGCUCCGCAGCCGCCAGGAAGAAGUCAAACUGAGAAACGGUGUCAGAUGGAGCAGCAUGCUUCCACAACACAUCCGGCACAAAUUAACAAGCAUGGCAGAGACAAAGACAUCAAAACCGUCAGUGUUUCCCCCCAGCGACACGUGCAAGCGAUCUCUCCGCUGAGUAGGUGUCCCACAGAUUCGAAGGAUCCCCACAGCUUGACAGAAAGUGCUUCUGUUAAAGGGAUGGCCAAUCCAGCUAAACGUCCAGCGCCGUCCAAACCUCUUUCUGUAGAAGAGCUGCCGCCUGAUGGCAGAACUCCCCGUGACUCAGAGACGAAGCAAGUCCGAGUCGUUUCCAGCUUGAAUCCUUUUGAAGAGGACGAAGAUGAAAAUGAGCUUGCAGCCCAUGAUGACGCAGCGGUCUCUGGCGGGACCCGUUCAGUCGUCUGGCCUCUUCCUGUGUCACAAACUCUCGAUCACGAUGCAGCUUCUCUAACCAAAAUCAAAUCUUCGAAAGUGGCCCGUGCUCCUCCGCCUCCUGCAGUGAAUGAUCCCACAUCAAACGCUGAAAACGGCCAAAACACUAUCGGCCACAUUGCAGAGAACACAGGUGGAGCUCAACCUGAUAAAACGGACAACAAGGCACCAGCAGAGGCAACACUCUCUGAACGCGUAGAGGAGAGGCCACUGCAAGAAACCCAAUCUACCAAAGUGCAGAGUAGCAUAGAGGUGGGUGUGAAGAAGCCGGGCCCCCCCGUGGCUUUGCGCAGGCUUCAGCCUGUUAAACCUCUGAAUCCUGUGGAGCAGCCGGCCGUCUUAGUCGUUCAAGGAGAAAAUGAUAACAAUUCUCCUGAGAUCCUCAGUGGAAUUCAAGACAAAACAAAGCAGAUUGACACAAAGAAUAAAGGUCCGUACUCGCAGCUGACUCGGGACGAGCUGAUCUCUCUGGUGGUGAAACAGGAGCGCCAGCUUUCAGAGAGGGAUAAGAAGAUAUCGGACCUGGAGCAGUACAUUGAUACCUUACUGGUGCGGGUUAUCGAGGAGCAGCCAAGUAUCCUGAUGUCACUGAGCUCUGUGAAGAAACCUACAUAGGUGGAUCCACAUCUGCCACUUCAUUACUGCUUUACCUGAUCUGUCUGAAUCACAAUGAUCUAACUUUAUAUUUCAUUUGGAACUUUUUUUUAAUUUUUUUAUUUUUGAUUGAUGGUAUACUGUUGUUUGUCAAGGUGACAUAUUGGGAUGCAGGGGUAGCUGGAGAUGCAAACACAUUUCCAGCUUCACCUACAGUCCCUUUUGUAAUGGGUUACCUUUCAGUAAAUUGAAAUUUCUUUCAGUGUUUUUUAUUUUUCCAGUAUUUGAUACCUUUAAUCUAACAUGUCUUGUCCUUAGUGUAUGUUGUCACAGAUUCUGUGCAGUGCAAAGCUUACCCUCAUCCUCCAGGAUGUUCUGACAAGUGUCUAAUGUAUAAAUGCACACUGUUAAUCAAACUGAACGAGCCUUAUUAUGUCUGUGCACUAGUUUCUUUCUGUUACUGUUAAUGUCAAACGUUUACAUGAUUUUGCUAACUCCCUCCAAGCACUUUAAUUAGCUCACACUGUUAACAUUUACAUAGAUUUAUUGUAUUGUAUGAAGGUUGCUGCUUUGUCAGCUUUGCAUUCUGAAGCUAAAUAAAGAUUUGCAUUAAUAAAUUCA